CCAAGAGCGCAGUGUUGCCCGGCAGGGCGGCGUUCGCUUGAAUCUGAUUGGUCGGAACGCGACGGCGACUCAACGAACAACGGAUCGAACGUCUCCAGCGGCGCAAAACCGAAACGGUCUCCCGCUAAAACCUGUGUGGUUUAUCACGUGACAGCCAAGCCCGGGUCACCUGAUCACGCCCGGUGAUUCGACCCGAGAUGGGAAGUUUAGCAGUCGUUCCUCUGCUCUUGUCGAUGCCGCUGAUCCGCACCAGCGGAGUCAAAUACGAACCGAACUGGAAAUCCAUCGACUCCAGGCCGUUACCAGAGUGGUACGAUCAGGCUAAAUUUGGGAUCUUCCUACACUGGGGGGUCUUCUCUGUCCCGAGCUUCGGCAGCGAGUGGUUCUGGUGGUACUGGCAGAAGCAGAAACUAAAGCCGUAUGUUGACUUCAUGCGGAGGAAUUAUCCUCCAGACUUCAAGUACCAAGACUUUGCAUCACAGUUCACUGCCGAGUUCUUUGAUGCCAAAGAAUGGACAGACAUCUUUGCGUCAUCUGGAGCAAAGUACAUCGUCCUGACUACAAAACACCAUGAAGGUUUCACGCUAUGGGGCUCAAAAAAUUCCUGGAACUGGAACGCAGUGGACGUUGGACCCAAAAGAGACCUGGUGGAGGAAGUGGCGAGUGCCCUCCGUGCUAACAGUGACCUACGUUUGGGGCUGUACCAUUCCCUCUUUGAGUGGUUCAAUCCGCUCUUUGAACAGGACGCUGCCAAUGUUUUCACCACAAACUAUUUUCCUGCCAGCAAAACACUGCCCGAGCUUCAUGAGCUCAUCGUCAAGUACAAACCAGAGGUGCUGUGGUCUGAUGGGGAUGGAGAUGCACCUGACAAAUACUGGAACAGCACAGGUUUCCUAGCCUGGCUCUAUAAUGACAGUCCAGUGCGAGACACAGUGGUGACAAAUGAUCGCUGGGGCUCUGGCUCCAUCUGCACCCACGGUGGAUAUUACACCUGUUCCGACCGCUACCAGCCAGGACACCUGCUCAAACACAAAUGGGAAAACUGCAUGACCGUUGACACAAAGUCCUGGGGAUACAGGCGCAAUGCUCCGCUCAGUGACUACCUCACCACAGAGCAGCUUGUGGCGACAUUAGUGGAGACUGUGUCCUGUGGGGGAAACCUGCUGAUGAACGUUGGUCCGACACACGACGGACGAAUCGCUCCGAUCUUUGAGGAGCGUCUGAGGCAGAUGGGUCAGUGGCUGGGGGUGAACGGGGCCGCCAUCUACAACACGACAGCGUGGCGGGCUCAGAACGACAGCGUCACGCCAAAUGUCUGGUACACUUCCAGACCACAGGAAAAGGCCAUCUUUGCCAUUUUACUGGAGUGGCCCCAUAAUGGAUCUGUGAUUCUACGUGAACCUGCGGUUACACGAGGACAGACUCAGGUGGUGCUUCUCGGUCACGGGCCUCUGCAGUGGGAGCCUGUGGAGCCCGGCGGGCUGCAGGUUCUCCUGCCCCAGCUGUCCCUCAGCCAGAUGCCAUGCCAGUGGGCCUGGACCCUGAGGCUGACAGGUGCCACUUAAAGGGAAACCAGAUCACCUGAAGAGGAACAGACAGAGCUGGACGGCGGAGAGGAGGACCCGCCGUCUUGCGUUUAAAUCACUGAGAACAACCUGUGACACGAAUCAAGCGUAUCUGCCCUGAAUUGGGUGAAGGUCUGCGGGUAAGGGAAGAAAACACGAGCACGGUCAGAUGUAGUUUGGUUUUAAAAAGGGUUUAUAAAGUGCUCAUGCAGGGAAAUCAAGAAUAAACACAAUCAAGGUUUUAUGUUCUAGCUCAUAGUUUGUUGGGGUUUUUUUUUGCAUUGGGACCUAAAAGUCAACUUCAGGUGCAGAAAAAGUUGAUCGAGCCUGAUAAGUAUGAAAUUACAGGGUGUGUGUGAGAAAGGUGACCCUUAUCCAUUAUGAAAUAUGACAACAUGAUUUGAGGUAUGAUUUUUGUCAGUUUUUCUGCACUUUUUUUUUUUUUUUUUUACAU